AUGGCAGCCAUCGGUGCAGCUUCUCCAAGCUCAUCCGCAAGCUCUACAGCAGCGCCUAGCACAACGACGCAGCAGAAUCCACUCUCAAAAAAACUCCACAAGAUACUGGAGAGCAACCUAGACAACGACAAAGAAACGCUGGAGGCGCUGGGCGUGCUCUCCGGCUUCCUCGACAAGAACACGCUUCAGGCGAGACGAAAUCUCCGCAGCGACCUGGAGAAACGGUGUCUGGGGCUGAACGACAACUUCGUGCAGUGUCUACAAACGCUCGUGCAGCAAGUGCAGAGCCUACAGAAGGAAGCUUCGGACAUGAAGAAGUGCUGUGAUAACAUGCAGACGAGGCUGGGGGCCGCCAAAACUCACACGUCCAACCUCCUGAAGGAGACGUCGGAGCUCCAGUCCAAGAACAGGGAGCUAGAAAUGCAGUCUCUAGUAGUGUCGGCAUUUCUGGGAAAAUUUCAACUCAUGCCCCAGGAGUCCGAGGCACUAUGCGGGAGCUACCGAGCUCAAGCCACGACGAUCGACGAUCGAUUUUUCGCUGCCAUGGAGCGUGUGCGGGGGAUCCACCAGGACUGCAAGGUUCUCCUACGCACCAGCCAGCAGCGGGCAGGCCUGGAGAUCAUGGAAUCAAUGGCAAUGCACCUUGAGACGGCCUACGAGCGAUUGUACCACUGGUGCCAGGGGCAGUGCCGCACCAUGAACGCCGAAUUCCCCGAAAUCAAUUCCACCCUGCGAAAAGCCCUUAAGGAGCUGAAAGAGCGCCCGAUUCUCUUUCAGUAUUGCAUAGAUGAGUAUAGCAUUGCCCGUAGGAUGGCGUUAGUUCGUAGCUUUAUCGACGCUCUGACUCGUGACAGAAGCACAGGGAGACCCAUUGAACUACACUCUCAUGAUCCGGUGAGGUACUGCGGCUACAUGUUUGGUUGGUUACACCAGGCGAUUGCCACGGAGAAUGAUCACGUGGCCAGCCUCUUGUCCGAGCACGACACGGAGCAGUCUCUCCCCAUCCUGAGCAUGGUCACGGAGGGCUGCUGUAGGCCUCUCCACACUCGCGUGGAGCAAGUAAUCGUCUCGACCAGACACCCAGUUCUUGCCUACAAGCUGGUCAACCUCUUGCGGUACUACAAUGGCGUCUUCCAAGGCUUACUCAAAGACACAGCACCUAUGGUCAAAACCCUCACUGACCUCACAGAUCUCCAAUCCAAGAUGUUUUUCAGCGCCCUCAAUGCCCAGACUGCGAAAAUCCUCGAGGGUAUUGAAGCACCUCUACCAGAUCUCUCACCCUCUCCGAAAGUUGGGGAGAUUCUCUCGUUGCUCCAGAGUAUACUUUCCUCGCAGGACCUGACCUCGCUUGGGAGUGGCAACCACGAGCAGCAACUUUUGCUCAUUCUCACAACGUGCAUCGAUCCACUGAUUCAGUCGUGCAACGACGCAGUGGCACCAUUGAGUCGACUCGAUCGAGCAGUCUACCUCGUAAACUCGCUCUAUCUUGUCCAGAGCACAGUGUCUCUGUACGAGUUCACCGACCGACAGGUAGAAUCCCUGGAACAGCAGAUGCAGGCACACAUGGACACAGUCACGUCGGAGCAGUCCGACCAUCUCUCGGAGGUCGUGGGGUUCACAGAGUUCCGCUCCUCCCUCUCCCACAACAAGCUCACAGACGAGAGUUUCGAAAGUCUCAACACAACCCCUCAACUAUUGUCUCCUGUCAUUUCGGCCCCAGAUCAGUACCAGUUGCCGCAGUGUAAGCUCCUUGCUAGCGCCCACCUUCGCAACGCAGUCCAGCAGAAAGCUUUCGAACAUUUUUGCCAGACCUACGAAUCCAUAUAUGCAGCGGUGACCACCGAAAAAGGCGAAGAAGUUGUCAAAUCAUUGUUUCCCCAACCUCCAGAACAAAUCAGAAAACUUUUGCUUAGUUUAUAA